UCCUGUGAAUUUCCUCGCAGAAGAAUUGACGGAAACGUUCCCGUAUCAGCUGCUGGUUGGAACGGGAGUAGCGCUGAUGGCUCUAUUGCUGUUAGCCGCCGUGAGCUUCCAGUGCUCUUCUACCUGGCGAUGGUUAAUGAGGGUGAGACGGCACAUGAAGGAAGAAGACGCCGAGAGCGACUUAUCGCAGCAGAAUGCUAUACGCAUCAGUCAUUCCCUGCCGGAUCUCCAAUCAGAGCCAAUCACUCACGAGUACGUUCAAGAGCAAAAGGAUAGCAAAAAGGUAUUGCGCCAGACAACCUUGCCCAUUGUGCCGAUGAGACACCAGAGCUUCCAGAGGCAACUCUCCCAUCGUCUCGAUCUACCGAUUAAGUUCAGCAUCUGUAGCCUGGAGAAUCGUAGCGAUUCCAGUCUUGGUUUGAUCAAGCCGGAACUUUACAAGAAGGAGGAGGACGCGGAGAGUUCCAGCACUACGGAAAUGGAGUACGCUGGCAAGCUGCACUUCGCUCUGCGCUACGACAAGGAGAUGGAGGGCCUUGUGGUUAAAAUUCUAGAAGCCCGAGAGUUGCCAGUGAAGGAUGUGACAGGUAGCAGCGAUCCGUACGUCAAAGUGUAUCUUUUACCAGAUCGGAAAAAGAAGUACCAAACGAAAGUGCAUCGGAAGAACCUGAACCCCGUGUUCAACGAGACGUUCAUAUUCAGUGUGUCGUAUGAAGAACUGAGGGAACAGUAUCUGCAGUUUUCCGUUUACGACUUCGAUCGAUUCUCCCGGAACGAUUUAAUCGGGCAAGUGGUGCUCAAGGAGUUGUUGGAUUGCACCGACCUCGAACAAGAGAUUGAGUACACGAUGGACAUUCUGUGCGCUAUGCAGGACAAAGUGGACCUGGGAAAAUUGAUGCUGUCGCUGUGCUACCUACCAACUGCCGGCCGGCUAACAGUGACCGUAAUUAAAGCGAGAAACUUGAAAGCCAUGGAUAUAACAGGAUCGUCAGACCCGUACGUGAAGGUGUACCUGCUGUGCCAGGACAGGCGAAUCAAAAAGAAGAAGACCUCUGUGAAAAAGAACACGCUGUUCCCGGUGUACAACGAGAUCCUGGUGUUCGACGUGCCAGCGGAAAACAUCGAGGACGUCAGUCUCAUAGUAAAAGUAAUCGAUUACGACAGNNNCGGGUCGAACGAAUUAAUGGGCUGCACGGCGAUCGGCGCCGAUUUCAUCGGCAUCGGGCGCGAACAGUGGCUGAAAAUGCUGGAGAAUCCGAGGAAACCGGUGACACAGUGGUACCCGCUGAUGGAGUCGAUUCCCGGCCACAUUCCAUCCGUCAGUUCGGAACCUCUCCCAGUGAGUCUGAGCUGCUUGAACAGCAGGUAAGUAAGGAUCACAUAAUUCACGCCAGUUUUGACAAAUAAUUGAAUACUCAACGCGAUUCGACGCUGCGUCGACUAAAAGUAACGUGGAGAAUUUCGAUGGAAGUUGUAAAAUUUUCCAAUUUCACGUGACGUGAAGUUUGAGCCACGCAACGAAAAAUUACGAGUCGAUCGAAUGAAACUGAGUUUCAUUUCAUUGAAAGAUUCUGGAUUGACUUUUUUCGUUGUUGUGGGCGAGAUGUCUCGUUAUACAACAUUGUCAACGAAGUAUUUCCAUCCGUAAUAGCGAAGAUUAUCGAUCCUUUUUAUUGGUUAUUAAUAAAUGAAACGCUGUGUCUUGUGAAUUGACAUUUAUCCAAAUUAUUGGCCGAGACAUAUCGAGUUUAUAUAUAUAAAACGCGUUUCAUGUCAUUCGUGAAUGACAUUAUUUGACGAGAUAUCUCGUUCACAGCAAUAAAGGCGAACGUGAAUGA